UUACAACGGCUAUUAUAAAACUUUCAUAAGUCGUGGAAUCAAAGUGAGUUUCACUCACAGCCGCUAUUAUUGUGACAUAAAUUAUAAGGCGGAAGCGCGGAAUUGCAAGAUAACUAGUUAAGAUCUUUGGAAACGUUUGGAUUAAACAAAUCUAAGAUCAGCCAUUGAGGUAGAAGAGAGGAACAUACAUCGUUUGCACUGAGGACCAGCUGAAUCAAUAAUGGCGACAAAAAGAAAAUCUAAAAGUACUGGUGACAUUCAGGAGGAAAUCAUGAAUCGCAGGAGAAGUUCUACGUACAAGGGAGACGUUUUGCAGAUCCGAUUGCUGCAAAUGGAACCAAAGUAUAGGAGCCAUUUUCUCUACGAGCAGAUCCGCUCAUUUGAGGACAAAGUGUACAUGUCCUUUGACCAGUUCAACGUCGAUGUCCUUUACCGUAUGUUCACCGCAUUGGCCAAGAAAACAGUCGUUGACGUCAGAAAGAUCAAGACCUUAGCCAAUCUGAGAAAAUGCUUUAUGGAUCUGAAGAAGCUUAUAUCAUGCAAAAAACUUCACAGACAUGUUGAACAGACAGCAGAGGAACACAAACUAGUCUCAUACUUCACCUGGUUCUUUCAGUACCUUGACUAUCUACGUCAUCUGCGAGAUAAUUUCAUCGAUAGAAUAUUUUCACCACUCUUUAGAUACUUUUACAACAUCGGCUAUGACAUUCAGGAGAGAGAUAGCUUUGAGGAUGUUGAGAUCGCCACACACAGGUCUAGCGUGAUGUCAUUUCGAAGUCUUGAUAGUAGUUUUAGUGCCCUUAGUGGGAUGUCCGCUCUUUGUACAGAUAGUGAUAGACUAUCAGCAAGUCUGUCCGCUCGCUCAAGCAUGGACCAAACACAGGAGGCGAGAAAGAAAAUGGUUACUAGAAAUGCUUUAAUUGCUCUUAGUCAUGAAUUCAAAGACAUAAAGAACCUUUACGAUACCUCUGAAAUAGAAAAGCUUGCUCAAAGACUUAGUCAUUUAAAGGAUAGAACAGACCAGCUGUUAGACAAGGAGAAAUCUCUUGAUCCCGUUUUGCCUUGUCAGGACAGCGAGCGAUCAGUUUUUCACCUGAAAAUCAAGGAAGCUGGAAGUUACAAUUUAAUGCGACUGAUUCCUGACAUUUUGAUUAAAUUCCAAAAGGCGGCUUGGCUUGCAAGACGAUGGCUUGAAUUUGAUGACCAGACAACAAAAGACCUUAAUGAAAGGCUAAACAAACUUACCUCUCUUGAGGAACAAAUGAACAGGAGAUUGAGUUCUAUAUCGAAGGAAAUACAACUAGGUGAAACGCAACUAGAUGAACAGGCGAAUAUGCUGUCCACACUUUUGCAGAGAGAAGACAAGGCGAGCAAUCUAGGAGAAAAUAUAUAUUUGUUAAAAAGAAACAAAGAUCAACUAGAGGAGAGACUUGGUGUUCUACAAUCAGAACGAGCCCAGUUGGGUGAGAAAUUAACAUUGGCAGCCGAACAAAAGGACAAGAAAACGUACCGGCAAAUCAAGCCAUUGUACGAACGAAACAAACUUCAACGGUUUGCCAUUCAACGUCAAAUAGAUACAUUAAAUUUUAGAAUUAACCUUAUUGAAUCGGACAUGAAACUUGAGCUUGAACUGAAAACCGAGGUGAUUCAGUCAACCAAUGACGUUCAAGAGAAAUGUGAAGAACUGGAGAAAACACUUGAAAAGGCCAGAAAGCAACAGAAAGCACUUCUGACAGCACUUAUACCUAUCACUAAAGACAGAAAGUACAUAAAUGAACAGAUGCAAAUUCAGGAUGAUGACUUCCCGGUUUUCGAAGCAGAGUUUAUUGGUUCUAAAGAGACAAAGCCAAUGAGUAGCCUAGAUACACACAUCAAACAAAACACUGGUGAUGCCCCGGUAUCAGUUUACAUAACCAGCAUCCCGACAAGCCGAGCAAGCUCCACGCUGAACACUGUUUCCUCUCUACGUCCAUCAGUAAAACCAAAAACUCGCCUACCGACGGUCACAACGGCAAAACUUGUCACAGAGGUUGCCGAUUCUGAAUGGUGACUUUGAUUGGGUUGUGGUAAACAAGUUCCCACUGAAACUCCCCAAUGAAAGAUACACUGCAAAACCAUGUAUCUUAAUAGGCGCACAUAUUGCAUGGUUACAAAUGCCAGCAAUGCAAUGCCUCCACGUGCUACAACCAAUGCAACAAAGUGAAAGUGUAAAAAAAUACACAUGCUCAUGUGUAAAUGAAGAUUUAUAUCAACAAUCAGUUGAUGUUCAAAAACAUCUAAGUGAAAUGACCCAUUAGAUUUAAUCAUAAUCAUUUGAUAAACGGAACGGAACUGUAGCUCUAGUUUAUAUAGCGCAAUUACGUGUGUAAGAGAUUCAUGUACUUCUUCAUGUUUUUAUUAAUAUUACUGCUCAUACUGGAAUCUUUUGAUUGAAACGCCGUAUGUUUUGUUCAUGUGCACAUUUUAUCCGAAGAUCAAUGAACGAUCUUAUAUCCCGUGAUUGAAGAACAUCUUAAGAUUAGUACGGUUACGCAAGAACAAAGUGAUUUUCAGUAUAUCCAAUUUGUAAAAUCUUCACAUAUCGAGUACGUUAACUACAGAGGUCUUGAUUCAGAAAUCACCUAGAAUACUACAUUGUGAACAUGCGUGAGGUUUUCUACUACAUUGUGAACAUGCGUGAGGUUGUAUAGUACAUUGUGAACAUACGUGAGGUUGUAUACUACAUUGUGAACAUACGUGACGUUGUAUACCACAUUGUGAACGUGUGUGAGGUUGUAUACUACAUUGUGAACGUGUGUGAGGUUGUAUACUACAUUGUGAACAUACGUGACGUUGUAUACCACAUUGUGAACGUGUGUGAGGUUGUAUACAAUAUUGGGAACGUGUGUGAGGUUGCAUACCACAUUGUGAACGUGUGUGAGGUUGCAUACCACAUUGUGAACGUGUGUGAGGUUAUAUACUACAUUGUGAACAUGCGUGAGGUUGCUAACUACAUUGUGAACAUGCUUGAGGUUGAUAACUACAUUGUGACCAUGCGUGAGGUUGUUAACCACAUUGUUAACAUACGUGAGGUUGUAUAGUACAUUGUGACAAUGCGUGAGGUUGUAUACUACAUUGUUAACAUACGUGAGGUUGUAUACUACAUUGUUAACAUGCGUGAGGUUGUAUACCACAUUGUUAACAUGCGUGAGGUUGUUAACUACAUUGUGAAAGUGUGUGAGGUUGUAUACCACAUUGUGAACGUGUGUGAAGUUUUAUACAAUAUUGGGAGCGUGUGUGAGGUUGCAUACCACAUUAUGAUCGUGUGUGAUUUUGUAUACUACAUUGUGAACGUGUAUGAGGUUGUAUACUACAUUGUUAACAUACGUGAGGUUGUAUACUACAUUGUGAACGUGUGUGAGGUUGUAUACAAUAUUGGGAACGUGUGUGAGGUUGCAUACCACAUUGUGAACGUGUGUGAGGUUGCAUACCACAUUGUGAACGUGUGUGAGGUUGUAUACAACAUUGUGAACGUAUGUGAGGUUGUAUACAAUAUUGCGAACGUGUGUGAGGUUGUAUACAAUAUUGUGAACGUGUUACAUUGUUAACAUACGUGAGGUUGUAUACUACAUUGUUAACAUACGUGAGGUUGUAUACUACAUUGUUAACAUACGUGAGGAGGUUGUAUACCACAUUGUGAACAUGCGUGAGGUUGUUAACUACAUUGUGAACGUGUGUGAGGUUGUAUACUACAUUGUGAACAUGUGUGAGGUUGUUAACUACAUUGUGAACAUGCAUGGGUUGUUAACUACAUUGUUAACAUACGUGAGGUUGUAUACACCAUUGCAAACGUGUGUGAGGUUGUAUACCACAUUGUGAACGUGUGUGAGGUUGUAUACUACAUUGUGAACGUGUGUGAGGUUGUAUACAAUAUUUGGAGCGUGUGUGAGGUUGUAUAACACAUUGUGAACGUGUGUGAGGUUGUAUACAAUAUUGGGAACGUGUGUGAGGUUGCAUACCACAUUGUGAACGUGUGUGAGGUUGUAUACUACAUUGUGAACGUAUGUGAAGUUGUAUACAAUAUUGCGAACGUGUGUGAGGUUGUAUACAAUAUUGUGAACGUGUUUGAGGUUGUAUACUACAUUGUGAACGUGUAUGAGGUUGUAUACAAUAUUUUGAACGUGUGUGAGGUUGUAUACAAUAUUGUGAACGUGUGUGAGGUUGUAUACAAUAUUGUGAACGUGUGUGAGGUUGUAUACAAUAUUGUGAACGUGUGUAAGGUUGUAUACAAUAUUGUGAACGUGUGUGAGGUUGUAUACAAUAUUGUGAACGUGUGUGAGGUUGUAUGCUACAUUGUGAACGUGUGUGAGGUUGUAUAUCACAUUGUGAACGUGUGUGAGGUUUUAUACAAUAUUGUGAACGUGUGUGAGGUGGUAUACCACAUUGUGAACGUGUGUGAGGUUGUAUACUACAUUUUGAACGUGUGUGAGGUUGAAUGUUAUAUGGAAGUAAAACAUUAUACCUAAUAAAGGAUAAAUAAAUAUAUAAAUGCAUGAUGUGUGUAACAUAACAUAUUCCAAAUCAUUUUAGUCAAAUGGGAUUGUGUUCUUAUGACUUCUUAUGACUUCUUAAUUGUAUUCAAUCCAUUUUUAUUUAAAUCUAUUUUGUUACUUUGACUUUGACUAUUUAUAUUUAAUUGUAUUA